AUGUUUACCCAUGAUCCGGGAACAAGUUUUCCAAUGUUCCGGGAAUUUAUUCCACCUGAUGUUCACACGGUACUGAAGUUUAUUCCUGAGACGGCAGACCGAUAUCGCAACAAGAUCAAGAUCAAGCACCCUGGUGGUCAACUCAAGUGUUUGUUUAUAAGCACCACCAUGCCGAGCCACGCACACCACAUCAACCACAAUCGACGACAACAAGGCCUCACCCGACAGCAAUGGGGCCACUUCAUUCUUGCCAUAUGUCUGAUGAGGGAACGGGAUGAACAACCCCGUGUUUGGACACGUCCCUGGCUAUCAAGGAGGCGUCAGGAGAGCGUGUACUUCCGACUGGUGAGGGAGUUGUCGCUAGAAGACCCAGGUGCACUUCGGGAGUGGAUUCGCCUGGACCGCACCCAAUUCCAUCAUGUGCUACAGUUGGUGACGCCUCUCAUAGAGAAGCAAAGCACCAAUAUGAGGCAACCCGUCAGUGCUGGAGAACGACUGAUGCUCACUUUAAGAUACCUCGCAUCAGGCGAAACUCAGAAGUCAUUGGCCUACCAAUUUCGGAUUAGUCGGAACCUGGUGUGCAGCAUUAUCCCGGAGGUGUGUCAGGCAAUUUAUCAAGUGCUGAAAACAACAUACCUACGUAUGCCUAACACCACAGAAGAAUGGCGCAGAUUGCCAGUGAUUAUUUCUCUCAGGGGCAGUUUCCUAUGUGCAUAG